GCUACCUCUGCAACUAGAACUCAAAUUGCUGCUGUCGGCUUAGCAAUGCGGAACUCUUUCUGGAUUGUGCUGCUGCUUGCUCUUCUCCAGCAAGCUUCUGCUAUAAGACAGUCUGCGCCUGCAGUACAAAACAUCAUCAAGCAAGAAAAUGCAGAAAAAAUAGGCCACCACGAUGUAAAGAACGACAUAUAUAAAAACACACAAGAAAAACUAGAGGAAGAUACCCAUAAUUACACCGAGAUCGAGGCCUUGCCGGCUAAUAAAACUAAAGAGAGCGCCACGAGCUUUGAAGAUGAUGACAAUGGAAGAAUAUUGGGUGGAACGGGCCUCACGUCUGCUACAUUUUCGCAGUUCAAUUUCUACGUUUUCAUUCAAGGCGAGAAUUGCGCUAGCAAAAUUCUGAAGGAGUGUGGCGGUGCAAUUUUGUCCGCCUCUUGGGUGAUAACCGCAGCUCACUGCGUUGCACUGGCGACCACUAUUAAGGUUUACGCUGGGGAGUUUGAAGAUCCGACGUCUGCCACCCCAGUGACAGCCACGGCCAUAAUUCAUCCCGGUUUUAGACGUAAUUUCAUGAUCAACGAUAUCGCGCUGCUUAAAAUGAGCACACCGCUCACUCUUGGCACAAAUAUCGGGACAGCUCGAUGUUCGGCCGCCAUACCCAGCAAAGCGUGGGACAAUGCUGCAUUCACCACACUGGGAUUCGGCCGCCCUAAUGACGACACAGUGGAUCCGGGGUCAGCGCUGAAUAUCGUCGAAGUACAGAAUAUGAAUAAGGCCAAAUGCAACUCUGAGACGAUAGCUGCUUACGUGACGUACCCAGCAAACACUGGUUGUUUAAGCACCAAUUCCGGAAACGAAGGAAUUUGCAAUGCUGAUGCCGGUGGACCCGUGCUUUACACAUCUCCAAGUAGGAGCUCAGCAGAAAUUAUUGGCAUCAGCUCUCAAUACGUUGGCUGCACUCGCGAUCUUCCCAGCCCGUUCACCUACAUUUACCCCUUCCUUGGAUGGAUCCAAGCCAAUACCAAGAUGGCGUUUACGUAAUAUUUCUUCAUUGAUACUGCUGCUAAAAAAAGAGUUUGGUCGAUAGCUAAAAUUAAGACUUUCAUAACACAUGCACUCACUUUAAAAAAAAAAAACUUUCUUUUGAUACCCAAAUAUUAUAUAAGCAUGAUCAUCUAACUUCUAUGCCAAUAAGAUAUAAAUUGCCAAUCAAUUCACCAGUAGCAUAAACCAUAAGUGUUCGAAGCCGUCAAUAGAUGGUGCCACCGUAGACUUUCGAUUUUAAGGCACUUCCGCUGCGAUUUCAGACUCAAUCUAGUUACUGUGCAUUUUUCAAUUAAUUUGCUAUUUUUUGACGUGCUGAAAACCAAAAUCGGUUCAGCCAAUCGCCAUAGAAUCGUGAAAAACUAUUUUUUGAAAUAAAAAAAUCUUCUCCAACGUUUCUACGGCAAAUGGCUGAACCGAUUUUGGUUUUCAGCACGUCAAAAAGUAGCAAAUUAAUUAAAAAAACAAAAUAGCUAGAUUGAGUCUGAAAUCGCAGCAGAAAUACCUUAAACCCGCUUAAAACAAAAUUUUUAAGAAAGUCUGUGGUUGCGCCAUCUGUUGGCGGCUUCAAUAACUAAGGGUUUAUGCAACUGGUCAAUUGGCCAAAUAUGUCAGUUAAAUUAUUUUUCAUAUUUAAGGUUCUAAUUUUGUUAGAGAUUAUUGAUACUGCAAAAUUCUGGAAUAACCUUGUUACGAUCGCAGCAGAAAUUGACCUAAGGAACAAUUAAUUUUUUUUAAGUGGCUGCAAAGUUAGCCUGCUUUUAUUAUUUGAAAUCUUAAUUAUUUCAAUUAAAAAAUAAUUUCCUUAAAUGAUUUCAUACGCUGUUGGACAGAUCUCAACGAGAGAAACCGAAAUCUGCGAAGAAACUGUGGUCAAGCGCUGUCAAAUUAAGAGAAAAUUUGAAAAUUUUGAAUUUUAUCUGUAGCAAGGUCCUCUUUUGAUUAUGUAUUGCAAAUUGUUUGUCGGUCAACUGCUUAUUGCAUCCAACAAUUUUCAACUGUCGCCCCUUAUCAAUCCACUUUAAGGCACACACAGUUUGUAAAUAAAAAAAUAAUAAAAAUCAAUCGAAAUUUAGCGACGGU